AUGGCACGUCUACUCGAUCCAGCUUUGAUGCGAAAAGCGUUAUUGGACGCCCACGCUGGUUAUUCUGAAAGUACAGUUAAACCUUCAAACGGGAAUCGAACUGCGCGUGCCAUGAACAUGCCAGAUAUCUCUCCGCCCAGCAUGAACGCUUGUGGGGGCGGGCGGUUGUGCCGGACGCGGUACAACACUACCGCGCCUAUGUACGGCGUCUCACUUACAUCUGGUCAGCCUGUUACUAUCGUUCAGAAGUUUCCUGAUCUUUUACAGCAAGUUGUCUUUGAAGUUUGCGAAUCAAGUGAAUGUUCGGUUGUACGUGGUACCUGUACACAAACUUACGUCCCAUACUUGUUUCUCGUAUUGCCUUUAGGACCAGUGACGUUGACGGGCCAAGACUACGUUUUAGUGGAGUCUGGAUGUGUUUGCAGGCCGAGCCUAGCU